AUGUCUGGCGGCCCUGUUCCUGUCUGGAAGAAAUACACAACCGGAUCCACCGGGAUCUGGGAAACGUUCAGAAAGUGGGCGAUGCUGGUGCCUAACAGAUCGUCCGGUAACCCAUACGUCCCUUACUACCGUGUUCCUUCGCCUUCAAGCGAAAAGCACGUCUACAAGGACGCCAGAACGAUCCCGUCGAGCGACAUCGUGGGCAACGACUUCUUCUUGAGAGACAACAGAAGAAACCACCCACGGAUGUCGACGUUCGACCAGUCGAAGAUCGGGGGCUUGUUGAAGUUGGGCAACUCCACGAACUCGAGAUUGCCAAAGGGAGACGAGGGCGUGAAGCAGUUGGCUGUUCUGAAGACAGACACGGUGAAGCUCGUGGACGUGCUGAAAACAGCGCCUAAGAGCGUCAUCUACGGCGAGGUGUUGGGCAAGGCCGGGGAGCCGAUCGUGGCGCCAAACCUCAACAAGAGAUUCAGCGUCAAGCUGCUCACCGAGGAGGAACAUGGCAUGUACAGCGACGACUACCCAUGCAGAAUCUUCAAGGCCACCGCCUGA